CGCUACCGCUACCGCUACAGACAUGGCUUCCACCGCCGUGCACAUGCCCAGACCCGCCGUUAAGCGCGCUGCUCUCACUUGGCCCGGCGACUCGACGCGUCGAAGCCACUUCGAGGACUUCCUCCGUGAGAUCGGUGCCGACCCAGAGUCGACGCACCUGUGCUGCAAGGGCACCUCGCCGCAUCCACAUGGCCAUGUGCAUACGCACAAGGGAUCGACAACUUCUCUGGGAUCCAAAGCCAGAUUGUCCCCGUCGCGCACGGGCGACAAGGCGCGCGCUUCCCCCGAGGGCGCAAGCAGCCACCACCACCACCACCACUCCCAGACGCAGGGUCGUCCCGCUAUGGCCCGCGGCCGCACCAUGUCCACGCCCAGGGUCGCGGCCCCGAUGAGCCCCGCAAUUCCCAUCGCGCCAAAGAGCCCCGCGCUGUCGUACAUCGACCUCGAGACGCACGACGCGACGCCGUCGUUCAACUACCUCUCCUCCGCGCGCGACGCGCUCCUCACCGUCGUGGGCAGCACGCCCGUCGACGAGCGGCCCUCCCGCUCGCCCACUCGGAGCUUCUUCCGCGACCGCGCCCCCAUCUCGCGUUCGCCCGACUCUGACUCCAGCCCGCCGCCCUUCCCCUCGGCCUCGGAGCGCUCCCGCUCCUACACCCGCAACCGCUCGGCGAGUCGCACGCCGUCGAUCGACUCGCUCGACACGGCUUCAUCCUCGGAGGCGCCUGCAACCCCGCGCAUGCACAACAACGUGCUCGCGCACGAGCUGCCGUCGCUCGACGAUCUCGAGCGUGCCUCGCGCUUCCGCGUGCAGAGCACGUGUACGCACUGUCAUCGCGCAGGCUCGAACUUCCCGAGCUGCGCGAAGUGCGGCGAGCGUUGGUGCUCGCGCGAGUGCCGGCGCGCAUCGACAAGUGUGCACGCGCACGCUUGUCACGGACGCGCUGCGAGCGCGUGA